GGGUGCGGAAGGCGAUGCGGGAGGCGGCCGGCGGCUGCGGGGAGAUGGCGGAGCGGGAGCGGCAGGAGCGGCUAAGGGAGGCGGCGGCGCUCGGCGACGCGGAGGAGGUGCGGCGGCUCGUGGAGCUGGGGGUCGGCCUCAACUCCCAGAACGAAGUCAACGGAUGGACCUGUUUGCACUGGGCCUGCAAGCGGAACCAUGUGGCUGUCGUGGCUUAUCUGCUGCAUGCUGGGGCUGACAAGGACAUCCUGACAAAGAAAGGGGAGAGGCCAGCCCAGUUAACAUCCAAGAGAGAGAUCAGGAAGAUGUUGGGAGUGGAAGAUGAACUCCCAGACUUAAAGCAAGAUUCAGAUCUGCCAAUCAUCCCCAAUUACCUGGUUAACCCACCUUUCCCAUAUGUUUACAACACCUUGAGUACCAGCAUUCCAGAUCCUCCCCUGAAUGGGAAUCUCUCACACUUGGAACCACAAGACACCAACCCUCCAUCUGUACCCGACUCAGACACCUGCGGACGAGCACGAGCACUGUUGCAGCCUGGGAACGCUACUCCUGAGGCUCCUCCCAACAGGGACAUCCCACCCCUGCCUCAAGGGUCUGCUGGGCCAUCACACCCAAAUCCUGUCCUCCAGAGAGCUCCUGUUUACCAGGGGUCAAUGUCUUGGGGCAGAAGUCCCGCUUUCCCAGCAGGAUCCAACCAGUCCCUACCCCAGCAAGGGAACAGCUCCUGCAUGGGACCUGUGCCAGCCUUUCAGCCUGUUUUCUUCACAGGAGCUUUUCCACUCAACAUGCAAGAACUGGUGCUUAAAGUGAGAAUACAAACCCCUAAUCUUAGAGAAAAUGACUUCAUUGAAAUUGAACUGGACAGACAAGAACUGACAUACAAGGAGCUGCUCCGAGUGAGUUGCCAUGAGCUGGGUGUGAACCCUGAGCAUGUCCAGAAGAUCAGAAAAUUACCAAAUACAAUGUUAAGAAAGGACAAGGAUGUUGCAAGGCUACAGGAUUUCCAAGAACUGGAGCUUGUUCUAACAUUCAGAGUCUGAGAAGGCUGUGCAGUGUCCAUGCAGCUGCUGCGGCAGUCCUGGGCUGAGAACCAAGCACAGCCUCCACCUGUCCUGUGGGCUGCGGCAGGUAAGAGUCAGCUCUGCCUGUGUCACCGCCAAUGCAGUGGGAACUGUCCCCAGAGCGCCCCCCAAGGCUCGCUGCUCUCAGCUCGCGGAAGCACUUGGAGCACGGGGACUGAGCACACCAGAGGGAGCUGCCAACCUGUCGUCAGACACCAGGCCGGGGCUCAGCUGCCAGCACAGAUCCCUGCUAACACCUGAAUUCUCUUUGUGGCCAGUCACCACACUGAAGCUCAGUCUCCCCAGGUGAAUACAGAAGGUUUCGUCACACUGAAAAUGCCUCUUCUGCAAAGUGCCAGAAGUCAAACGUAGUCCCAGUCAUUGACAAUAUCUGUUUUUAUACCAGAUUGUUGGUGGAAUAUUAAGUUCUCUGUAAUGGAAUAAUAAAAUCGUCAUUCCUCAUGUCACCCUGGCUGCUGCCUUCUCCCCAGCACAGGUUCAGGCAUUGGCUGAAUCCAGGAGGACUCAGGGUUAACCAGUAAGACCCCCCUAAAGAAAAGCUCAUCUCUUGGACAGCAAACUUGCACAGGUGCUGAUCCCUAUCUAUGCAUUCCCAGGAAUAUUUUUAUACCUUGUGCAGUUUAUACCAGGAAGAUACUAUUAACACUCCCCAAUCUCAUCAGUGUAUAACCAUUACAUUCUGUGUGUGAUAAAUAAUUCAUUACUUUGUGCUCUGAAAUAUGAAAUGUUAAUGUCUAAUAAAUGCUUGG